CACGCCCCCGAGCCCCUCUCCGGACCUGGACCCAGCUUGGCGCGCUCCCCCCUGGGUGCCAUGGCCUCGCGGCUCCUGCACCGGCUGCGACACGCCCUGGCUAGCGAUGGUCCCGGGGAGGCGGCGGCAGGCCCCGAGGCCGAGCAGUUCCCUGAAAGCUCCGAGCUGGAGGACGACGACGCCGAGGGCCUCUCCUCCCGCCUCAGCGGCACCCUCAGCUUCACCAGUGCCGAGGAUGACCCGGACGACGAAGACGAGGACGACGAGGCGGGCCCCGACUCGCCGCCCUCCGGAGAUGGGACAUCGGGAGAAGACGCAGAACGGAGUCCUCCACCUGAUGGACAACGGGGCAGUCAACUCCUGGCUCGGCAGUUGCAGGAUUUCUGGAAGAAGUCUCGGAACACCCUAGUUCCACAGCGGCUGCUCUUUGAGGUGACCAGUGCCAAUGUUGUCAAGGACCCUCCCUCCAAGUACGUGCUCUACACCCUCGCCGUGAUUGGCCCAGGGCCACCAGAUCGCCAGCCAGCCCAGAUCUCCCGCCGUUACUCGGACUUCGAGCGGCUGCACAGAAACCUGCAGCGGCAAUUCCGAGGCCCCAUGGCUGCCAUCUCCUUCCCCCGUAAACGUCUACGCCGGAACUUUACUGCAGAAACCAUUGCCCGCCGUAGCCGGGCCUUUGAACAGUUUUUGGGUCACCUGCAGGCAGUGCCCGAGCUCCGCCAUGCCCCAGACCUGCACGACUUCUUCGUGCUGCCCGAGCUGCGGAGAGCACAGAGCCUCACCUGCACUGGCCUUUACCGCGAGGCUCUGGCAUUGUGGGCCAACGCCUGGCAGCUGCAGACCCAGCUGGGCACCCCUUCUGGCCCAGAUCGCCCCCUGUUGACUCUGGCUGGGUUGGCUGUGUGCCAUCAGGAGCUGGAGGAUCCUGGGGAAGCACGAGCAUGCAGUGAGAAGGCCCUGCAGCUGCUGGGGGACAAGAGACCUCAUCCUUUCCUGGCACCCUUUCUAGAGGCCCAUGUCCGACUCUCCUGGCGCCUGGGCCUAGACAAACGGCAGACAGAAGCCCAACUUCAGUCCCUACAGGAGGCGGGCCUUACCCCCGUCCCACCCCCCAGCCUCAAGGAGCUGCUUAUCAAAGAGGUGCUGGACUAACUUUUAUUUGUCUUGCGGCCGCUUCUGGGCGAGGGGCUGCUCCAGGUCGAGGGGCUGAGGGCAAUAGAGGACAGUGAGCAGCGGGGGCUGAGGAGUUCUGGGAGCCCCUAAAGUAGUUCCCGAGAAAGAGUCUGCAGCAGACUGAGAGGAAUUUGGAUUUGUGGGGCUGGACUCCAAACAGGCUUUGGCUGGGGUUACCCUAGGAUGUUUCAAGGAGGAAGUUUUGGGGCGGGCUCUUCAGCCUACCACAGCUUGAGGCCGUAGGCAAGGUCAGGAUCAGUGUUUCCUGUUUCCUUUUCCUUGGCCUCUACACCAGUAAAACAGCUUGGCUGAAGGACUAGGUAAUAGUACCAGAGUCCUGGAGUUUAGAGACAGGAGGAGGGCUGUAGCUCUGCCCAGGGAAAUUAAAGGUCAGCUACUUCAGUGUUAGCAAUCUCUUUAUUGAAUGUGAGAGGCAGGAAGCCCAGCUCUCAACUGUGACUCCUGCCUCAGGAAUGGCAGUAGAAAGAGUUCUUUUAACCCCAGGCCAAGCCAGUUUCUUUGACUACAGCUUACUCGCAGACACUUGAGGCUUCAAUCGGAUCACACCCUCUUGGGCACAGGUCACAGCGAGGACCCCAUCCCGACGCCACAGCCGCCCAUGCACUAGCCCUCGAGAGCCACCUGUGUGCAAGGAGAAGGGUGAGAACAGCCUCUGCUUUAGCACAAGCCUGCUUUGUCCUGGAGGGGUUUGACACAGGGCAGAGCUGCCCCACCUAAGGGCACACUGGAACAUAACUACUCCAAAUGCCCCUUUGUGAGCUGUUACAGCCACUUGAUGCCCCCAAAGCACUUCCACAUAACUGCUAAGUUCCUCUAAAGAUCCCAGAGAAACCGUCUCCACAGGCUUGGCCAAGCAGACUGCCGCUUCUCUGGCCACUGGUCAGAAAUCCCAUUCUUUCCUUUUAUGAUAAGCAAGUCCUCCCAGCGCUGGUCAUCCACCACCAAGGGAGUGGGUAGCUCAGAGAGGACCUGAGACCAUGAGGUAUGGCCUCUCUCCCCUUUUCAUCUAGAGGUUCUGGCCUGAGUUGGUUACCUUCAGGAAGCUAACUCAAGCUUUCUUUACAUACAGCAGGGCCCACACGGAUCUAACCGUAGCCAGAGAAAGUGGGGCUUCGUUUCUUGUACCGUCUUACAGACAGUGACGCUAAAGUGCUCAGAGGCUCAGGCCUGGCCUCGAGGGUCAGGCCAAAGCUGACCGAGUGUCCUAACUUCAAGGUUGUGGACCCUGUUCUGUGCUGCUGGUGGCAUCUGAGUAACCCUUUCCUGACUGCUAGGGGUUAUUUAAGUUUUGUCCGUUUUAUAAAGCAAAACUUUUCUUCCUU